AUGGGAGCGGCGGGGCCCAAGAGGCUCUGCCUGGUGUGUGGAGACUUUGCGUCCGGUUACCACUACGGCGUGGCGUCCUGCGAGGCCUGCAAGGCCUUCUUCAAGAGGACCAUCCAAGGCAACAUCGAGUACAGCUGUCCGGUGAUGAACGAGUGCGAGAUCACCAAGCGGAGGAGGAAAUCCUGCCAGGCCUGCCGCUUCCAGAAGUGUCUCCAGGCCGGGAUGAUGAGGGAGGGUGUCCGUAUGGACCGGGUGAGAGGAGGACGGCAGAAGUACAAGAGGCGGGCGGAGACCGGGCUGAUCCCGGGAUUUUCUUUAACCCCUGCCCGUCUUUCAGGAAACAAGGUGAUUUCCCAUCUGCUGCUGACGGAGCCCGCCCCGCUGGCCGCCACUCAGGACGAUUCCACCAACGACAGCAGCCUGCGGACCCUGCUGACCCUCUGUGACCUCCUGAACAGGGAGCUGCUGGUCCUGAUCGGCUGGGCCAAACAGAUCCCAGGCUUCUCCGGGCUCUCGUUGGUCGAUCAGAUGUCGCUGCUGCAGAGCGGUUGGAUGGAGGCGCUGCUUGUGGGCGUGGCCUGGCGUUCGCAGGGCGUGGCGGGGGAAGAGGUCGCGUUCGCCGGGAACCUGCGGCUCGGCGCGGGUCAGUGUCAAGCCGCGGGAUUGGCCGACCUGUACGAGGCGCUGCGUCACCUGACGGCGAAAUACCAGGCGAUGGACCUGAGCCCCGAGGAGGUGGUGACGCUGAAGGCCAUGGCGCUCGCUAAUUCUGACGCGGAGCCGGUGGACUGUCCGGACUCGGUGCAGAGGUUUCAGGACGGGCUCCACGAGGCCCUGCAGGAGUACGAGUCGUCCCGCGGAGAGCGGCACCGGGCGGGCCGGCUGCUGAUGAGCCUCCCCCUGCUGCGCCAGACCGCCGACCGAGCCGCGCAGGCCUUCCUGCGCCUGCACCGCCACCGCCGCAUCCCCCUCCACAAACUGCUGCUGGAGAUGCUCGACGCCAAGGCCUGAGGGUUUCCCGUCUGUCGUCGCUCUGGGACCAAAUCCAGCUCCGCGUCCGCUGAGGCUUAUCAACACGGGAGUGAAUGAGACUUGAACCGCGCUGCAGAAAGUUAAUCCGUCCCACUCCACAUUUAGUUGCCUGUUUCUUAUCUGUUCGGGGAAAGAUACAUUUUCUUCAGGUCAUAAUGUGAUGCAGGACUCGUGAGAACUCUCUACCUGGCUUCACGAUUUAAAACAAAACUUUUCUCUUUGGCAGAAGCGAUCUGCCGUAAAACUAUGCAGCGCAGCUUCUGUUCUGCUGGAGAUGAGCGCUUCGUCGGUUCUCUCACGAACGACUGCCGACAGUAUUUUAGAGUUUGGCUCGGAGAGGGACGAGCCCCCAGAUCGAAUCCUGAGCCUCUUACUGACUCUACAGGCGGCUGCAAAGAAACUACACCAAAACUGUGACGACUCAGUUGCUGACAGGCCUGAACAUGGCCGACCCUUAAACUAAAGGGAACACAGCUCACGUUUCCUUAAGUCCCUCGUCCAGAAGAACUUUUUACCUGACUGAAAAGUGAAGCCCUGAAAUCAUCGUAGACCACGUUACCAGUGAAUGAACAAAUACACGUGCGCUCGAAUGGCCACAGAUCAUCAUGGGAUCAUCCUCACCAGCUGCUGGUCUUCAUAAAGAAACAGAGGUGUUAGUAUUAUUCGUAAACGUGUCAUGAAAACGACGUUUGUUCUGAGGUCACAUUUAGGACAUUUUAGGUUUUAAUGCUCGUGAUUCGCGGUUGGAAGAUGGGGACUGACUGACCGGGCUGGAGUGAAAACCUGCGACCCCACGUCUUAGUAGAGCUAGACGACGCUAUGCCUCUGGUUCUGGAGCAGCUAGUCACUGGCUUAGCCGCAGAUGAAGACACAGUUUAGUCCAUUCCUGACGCUUAGAUCUGGUUUUUGGAAACGAUUCUGACUGUUUUACUCUCACGAUGUGAAUGUGACAGCAGCUGGUCCCUGGGUGAAGACGGACACCAACAAAGAAAGCACAGCUGGAAUCAGACCUUUUUCGGUGUGAACUGUUCUCUGAGUGUUUGAGUGUGCGGUGGUUUACCUUAAAGGUGAGCUGGUUACCGUAGCAACCCCCAGGGGUGAGGACUGCGGAGCCGACUGUCGUGGACUUUGAUUUUGUCGGACUCAGCUUUUCAAAGACAUUUUCUAUCGGCUGCCGAUUAGUUUUGCUGUUGACUAGUGUGAAUGUAGAGUUGAAGAAACGCUUUUGGAAUAAAACACGACUCUUCCGUCACAUCUUCGCGAGUCUGUUAUUUUAUAAAGAGACUGUUAGAAAAGCUGUUUGGUUAGAGACACGGUUACAAACAAACAACCUGACGCAUCUCUCGCAGCUUUAGCUGGACACAUUAAAAACCUCCUCAGCGCUGACCUGCGAUCAGCUGCAACGACUGUUUCACCGCAUUCGCUACGAG